AUGAGCGUGUCCGACUCUAUGGGCUCCCUGAGCAGGGGCGACGCCCUCAAGGCUGCUGCUGCAUCCGCGGCCGCCGCAGGCUUCGUGUUCUCGAACUCGUUCCCCGCCUUCGCCGAUGGGCCGUACACUCUCCCCGACCUCCCGUACCCCUACGAUGCCCUUGAGCCGCACAUCGACGCCGCCACGAUGAAGGUGUGGUCGUGACACAGAAUCGUCAGGAUCUCAGUGUUUUUUUUUUUGUCCAAAGUUGUGGCAGAGUUUUGAUUCUUCCGCAACGGGGUUCCCGCGAGGCUGCAGCGAAGCCGGGCGGGGUAAGGGCGACCUGGCAAUGUUUCUAUUCUUUCUUUCCUCUACAGACAGCGACAUGGGAUAUGCACCUCGACUUCGGAGGGUGGCUCGCACCCUGUUGUACGGAGCAACCCGUGCACUUACUGUUGAGAAGAUGCAGUGUCGAAGACAUCAGCGUAUUUCCUAUGGUGUGUUUAGAAGUAGACCGCCUCGAUGCUCGCAGGUACAUCUAGUGCCCAACACGCAUUGAUGGCCAGUGGCAUAUUUUGACGAGGUCGAGUGUCAAGGUGAAACACGGCAGAAAGUUUCUGCCGCGCAUGCGCCUCGAUGCUCGCAGGUGUCUUGAUCCUUACUUCGAUCCUGCUCCAUGCUAUGGCGCUGUUAGGAAUUAUCUCUCUAUCACCCCAUGAAAUUUCUUCAGCGCACGGUUUACUCGAUUUUCCUGCUGUUCAACUUUGCCGCGCUUGGUCCCCGUCCCUCCUUUGCUGACCGGCUCCCGCGUGUGUUUGUGGUUUGUGCUUACUGCGGGUGUUGUUUCAGGCCACUACAACCACUGCCUAUUCUGGAACACCCUGUGCAACCACGAGAGCAGCGGCGCUCCCUCCGCCAAGCCCAAGAAUGCCCAAACAACGACGCGUCACCCAAGAAAAGUCCUGCCGUAGAUAUAUACGAAAGAAGUCAACCCAAGCAGCACGUACACUCCAUCCACCUUGCGCUCUUGCGAGCGCACGAGAAGUGUUACUUCCUUACAAUGUAUUUUGUAUUCCCCCUGCGUUCCCGUCUUGUCUCCUUUUCAUCUCCUCCGUUUUGCUCCGGCCCUUUUCAUGUCCGUGUGUACCUUUUGCACUCUUUUCUCUCGCUGUGUACUUGCGACAUCCU